AUCAUACGCAUUCGUCUACCGUCCAGUUUCUCUUUCCACUUCGGUUUUCGUCUCUUUCAAUUCAUCCAAAAAUCCUUUCAGUUGAAAAUUAAUCUCAUAAUAAUUAUUGAUAAUUUUGCUUGCAUAUUAAUUAAGCAUGCGUUUUACAGCAAAAAUUCGAGAAUGUUCUUCUUCUUUUGCUUUAAUUCAAGCUUGAACCAAUCUUCUGCUACACCCUCUGAUCUGGGUUUAUCUUCAUUCCUCUAACGUGGAUUUUCUGUGCUUUAUUUUCUUAUGAUAUCUUGCUUAAAAGUGUAAGUUUCUUUCUUCAAACCUUCAGUAUUUUAGCAUUAAAUAUGCAGCUUUUUGUUUGAAUAUGUCUAUAAUAGGCAUAUAUCAUUAUGCUAAAUCUUUAUUAAUUUCCAAGAGAAGCUUUCAGCUUUUCUUUUUGUUGAAUCUUCAACAAUUUACUUUCAAACAAGUUCGGAUUUUUGUUUUCUGUUUAUCAUCAUUGUUGCUCUUGUCGUUACUAGUUAUCUUUUCUGUAGCACAUUUUUGUGGAUUUACAGUCAUACGAAUUGAACUUAGAAAAGGUUUGUUUGUGUGUUUCAAGAAUUAGGUAUUCCUUUUCUUAUGUUUGAGUUUUCCGGGGGGUUUCUGCCGGAAGAGAAAAAAAGGGUUCUUGAAAUCUGUACUUUUCGUUGAUGUAGUUUCUUCAAAGAUGUAGAUUAUUGGGUUAAUGGGUAUGCCAAUUUAUCAAGAAUUGCAAUUAUUCAUCAGAUUCGAUUUUAUGUUUAAGCAACUUUCUUGUUUCUUGAAUUUAAGUUGAUCAUUUGCUUAAUUUUAAACAGGAAGAACUAAACCCCAAUUGGAGUAAGGUAGAUAGAUGGCUACACUUCAGGAUAUUGGACUUGCAGCAGCCAUCAAUGUCAUCACUGCUCUCAUAUUCCUCAUAGCUUUUGCUUUCCUGCGACUUCAACCGUUUAACGAUAGAGUAUAUUUUCCAAAAUGGUAUCUAAAGGGUUUACGGACAAGCCCUGCAACUUCGGGUGCAUUUGUAAGCAAGUUUAUCAAUUUGGAUUAUCGGUCAUAUAUGAAGUUCCUUAAUUGGAUGCCCGAUGCACUAAAAAUGCCCGAGGCAGAGCUAAUUGAUCAUGCUGGCUUGGAUUCCGCUGUUUAUUUGCGGAUUUACUUGCUAGGGUUGAAAAUAUUUAUUCCCAUACUCUUCCUUACAUGGGCUAUUUUGGUGCCGGUUAACUGGACAAACAAGACACUCGAGCUGUCGAAAGCAAAUUACAGUGACAUUGAUAAGCUUUCUAUAUCAAACAUUCCUCUUGGCUCUCACAGGUUCUAUACUCAUGUAAUAAUGGCAUAUGCUGUUACAUUUUGGACAUGCUUUUCGUUGAAGAAGGAAUAUGAAACAAUCGCAAAUAUGCGACUGCAUUUUCUUCAAUCAGAAAAGCGCCGCCCUGAUCAAUUUACAGUUCUUGUGAAGAAUGUGCCACCAGAUGCUGAUGAAUCCGUCAGUGAAGCUGUGGAGCAUUUCUUUCUAGUCAACCAUCCCGAUAACUAUCUCACUCAUCAGGUUGUUCUAAAUGCAAAUAAGCUUGCAGAUUUGGUUGAAGAGAAGAAAACUAAGCAGAAUUGGCUUGACUAUUACCAGAAUAAAUAUUCAAGAAAUCAAUCAAAACGACCCAUGAUGAAGAUGGGUUUUCUUGGACUUUGGGGAGAGAAAGUGGAUGCUAUACAACAUCACAUAUCUGAAAUUGAGAAACUCUCAAAUGAAAUAGCUGAAGAGAGGAAAAACGUUGUGAAUAACCCGAAAGCUAUCAUGCCAGCAGCGUUCGUAUCCUUCAAAACUCGUUGGGGGGCUGCUGUUUGUGCACAGACACAACAGGCUAGGAAUCCGACCCUAUGGUUGACCGAGUGGGCCCCAGAGCCACGUGAUGUAUUCUGGCAAAAUCUGGCGAUUCCUUACGUCUCUUUGACUAUCCGGAAACUUCUAAUGGCUGUUGCUUUCUUUUUCCUCACAUUCUUCUUCAUAAUUCCCAUUGCAUUCGUGCAAUCACUUGCAAACAUCGAAGGUAUCGAGAAAGCUGCACCCUUUCUUAAGCCCAUAAUCGAAAUAAACACAAUCAAGUCAUUUAUCCAAGGUUUUCUACCUGGGAUUGCUUUAAAGAUCUUCCUAAUCCUUCUACCCACAAUCUUGAUGACGAUGUCGAAAUUUGAAGGAUUUUUGAGUAUAUCACGUCUAGAGAGAAGAUCUGCAUCAAGAUAUUAUCUUUUCAACUUUGUGAAUGUGUUUCUAGGGAGCGUCAUUGCUGGGACCGUAUUGGAACAGCUACAAACAUUUCUAAAGCAGUCCGUAAACAAGAUUCCGGAGACGAUUGGAGUGGCUAUCCCAAUGAAAGCAACUUUCUUUAUAACAUACGUAAUGGUCGACGGGUGGACUGGUACUGCUGGUGAGAUUUUGAGGUUGAAACCGUUGAUCAUAUAUCACUUGAAGAACUUUUUCUUGGUUAAAACCGAAAAGGAUAGAGAAGAAGCCAUGGAUCCUGGAAGUAUUGGUUUUAACACGGGCGAACCUCAAAUACAAUUGUAUUUUCUAAUCGGCCUUAUUUAUGCUGUGGUCACGCCACUUCUUACACCUUUUAUUCUGGUUUUCUUUGCCCUUGCAUAUGUCGUUUAUCGUCAUCAGAUUAUAAACGUUUAUAACCAAGAAUAUGAAAGCAGUGCAGCGUUUUGGCCUGAUGUUCAUGGACGGAUAAUUGCCGCGUUGAUGAUAUCACAGCUACUUCUGAUGGGAUUGUUGAGCACGAAAGAAGCUGCUACUUCAACGCCAUUUCUUCUUGCACUUCCAAUUCUGACUAUUGGCUUCCAUAUGUACUGUAAAGGUCGGUAUGAGCCUGCGUUUAUCAGAUACCCGUUACAGGAAGCCAUGAUGAAAGACACACUUGAAAGAGCAAGAGAACCCAACUUGAACCUAAAAGGUUACCUUCAGAAUGCAUACGUCCAUCCCAUUUUCAAGUCUGCAAAUUCUGAUUCAGAUGAUGAUUAUGAUGAUGAUGAUGACGACGAAGCGAGUGAUCAGAAGUGGCGGAAAGACAACGUCUUGGUCCCUACCAAGAGACAGUCUCGUAAAAACACACCCGUGCCUAGCAAAAUGAGUGCGGGUUCAUCACCAGCCUUAAUCGAGAUCCAAGAGAAGGAUAAGCCAUAGGUGGUUUUGGAGGGUAAUAUUGUAAAUUACUUGAGCAGACAGACAGACAGAUAGCUGUGUUUCUUGUAUAGUAUGAGACCUUUUCAAGGAAUGGUUUUGAAGCCAAAUCAAUUGUUUGAGAUAAAA